AUGGCUGGUCCCUCACGUCCCGCUGGCGCCCAUGGCGGCCACCCCAUCCACAUCCACCCCGUCCGUCCUCUCUACAGAUUCGCUGCCACUGGCCUCGGUGCCAGCAUGUGGUUCUUCGACGGGCCUGCUCUCCUCGGCUGGAAGCACCCCUGGGAUCACUAG